CUCAAUGCAAAGACAGGAACCCUACAUAACAUAGCCAUCUCUCUCUCUCUCUCUUACACUGCACAGCCUCUCUCUCUCGAAUCGCCUUCUUGUAUCAUCCAUCUCUUCUCGCGCGUAAUCCCUCUCUGAUAUCUCCGGCGGAGGUAACGGACCUCUCCCGGUGAGAUCCUCCUGUCCUUCCGGUGAGGAUGAUCGUUUUUCUCCGGUACGGUCAAUUUCUGGAUUCUGUCUUCGAUCCCUUCAGACAUGUUUCUAGAUCCGAAUAGUUUGGUUGAUCGUGUUGGAUCCAAAACGUGGUUCCGCAGGAGGAAAGAAAUGCUCUCUUCUCUUGGUUUGAUCUCCGACUUCUGAAAAAUCUUCCUUUUUUUAGCGAUUUUGUUUCUGACAAUUUUGUCUUUGUAAAAAUUCUAGGGUUUUGUAGAAUCUCCGGUGUAAAUAGACUCGCUUGGUUCCUUUCGUUGUUCUUGAGUUAGGAAGGUUUUGUACAGGUAGAGUGAUUGUAGCUCUGAAACUGUUAACACCGGGAAAAAAGUUGUGGAAAAAAAUUUCAAGGCUUUGAACUUUUUGUGUUUUUGGGUUUGGUUUAAAAGUGGCGAAGAUGAAUCUGGGUGCGGCCGAGGAAGAAUCAUCAUCUCAAGAUAUUCACAUCCCAGCUGAUAUCAACUGGGAAAUGCUCGAUAAAUCGAAGUUCUUCUUCCUCGGCUCCGCCCUGUUUUCUGGAGUAUCAGGAGCUCUUUACCCAGCGGUUCUGAUCAAAACUCGGCAACAAGUUUGCCAAUCACAAGUUUCCUGCAUCAGGACCGUGUUUAGGCUCGUUAGCCAUGAAGGGCUGAGGAGUUUGUACAGAGGUUUUGGGACUUCUUUGAUGGGAACAAUCCCUGCUCGGGCGUUGUACAUGGCGGCGUUGGAGGUUACAAAGAGUAACGUUGGCUCUUCGGCUGUUAGUUUAGGGUUUACAGAGGCCAAGGCUGCAGCCAUGGCAAAUGCUGUUGGGGGUCUGACCGCUGCAAUGGCUGCACAGCUCGUUUGGACGCCCGUUGACGUUGUGAGCCAAAGGCUUAUGGUCCAAGGAGGGAGUGGUCUGGUUAACGCUUCGAGGUGUAAAUAUGUUAACGGGUUCGAUGCGUUUAGAAAGAUCAUCAGAUCAGAUGGGCCAAGGGGCUUAUAUAGAGGGUUUGGGAUAUCGAUCAUGACUUAUGCUCCAUCUAACGCAGUCUGGUGGGCAUCCUACUCUGUUGCUCAACGGAUGGUUUGGGGCGGAGUCGGGUGUUACAUGUGUAAGAAAGACGAUGAAGUGAAGAGUGAAUCCGGUAAUAACAAUCCAAUCAAGCCUGACUCCAAGACGAUAAUGGCAGUCCAAGGAGUUAGUGCUGCCAUUGCAGGUAGUGUUUCUGCACUGAUUACAAUGCCACUCGACACGAUCAAGACGAGACUGCAGGUUCUUGACGGGGAAGAUAGCAAUAGCAACAACGGGAAGAAGGGGCCGACGAUCGGGCAAACGGUUAGGAAUCUAGUAAGGGAAGGCGGGUGGAUGGCGUGUUACAGAGGGCUAGGACCUCGAUGUGCGUCCAUGUCGAUGUCCGCAACGACCAUGAUCACUACUUACGAGUUCUUGAAGAGGCUGUCGGCCAAGAACCUAGAUGGGGUUUGCUCUUAAGUCACAAUGACCGGACAGAAGAAGAUACCGAAGUUUCUUUGUUCUUGUCUCUUUCUGUCUGUCAAGCUUUAGCUAAUCAGUUUUGUUCUUUUUCUACCUUCUUGGUUUCCGCUCUUUGUGAUGAAUGUGUCAAAAUCUUGGGUGUUUCUAAAUAAGAAAUGUUAUUUGCUCUGA